ACGGGUCGUCACGUGGCACGGAAGUGACUCCGAACAGGAAGAGGACGAAAAAAUAACCGUCCGCGACGCCAAGCCAAACCGGACCCGCAGCCACCAUGAACAGCAAAGGUCAAUAUCCAACGCAGCCAACCUACCCUGUGCAGCCUCCUGGGAAUCCAGUAUAUCCUCAGACCUUGCAUCUUCCUCAGGCUCCACCCUAUACUGAUGCUCCACCUGCCUACUCAGAGCUCUAUCGUCCAAGCUUUGUGCACCCAGGGGCUGCUACAGUCCCUACCAUGUCAGCUGCAUUUCCUGGCACCUCUCUGUAUCUUCCCAUGGCCCAGUCUGUGGCUGUUGGGCCUUUAGGUUCCACAAUUCCCAUGGCUUAUUAUCCAGUUGGUCCCAUCUAUCCACCUGCCUCCACCUCCUGGAUGCCCUCCCAAUGCUGCUCAGCUUGCAGUCAUGCAGGGAGCCAACGUCCUUGUAACUCAGCGGAAGGGAAACUUCUUCAUGGGUGGCUCAGAUGGUGGCUACACCAUCUGGUGAAGAACCAAGGCCGCCACCUCCAUGCCGGGAAAGACAUCACAUACCUUCAGCACUUCUCACAAUGUAACUGCUUUAGUCAUAUUAACCUGAAGUUGCAGUUUAGACACAUGUUGUUGGGGUGUCUUUCUGGUGCCCAAACUUUCAGGCACUUUUCAAAUUUAAUAAGGAACCAUGUAAUGGUAGCAGUACCUCCUAAAGCAUUUUGAGGUAGGGGAGGUAUCCAUUCAUAAAAUGAAUGUGGGUGAAGCAGCCCUAAGGAUCUUCCUUUAAUUCCUCUGGAGUAAUACUGUACCAUACUGGUCUUUGCUUUUAGUAAUAAAACAUCAAAUUAGGUUUGGAGGGAACUUUGAUCUUCCUAAGAAUUAAAGUUGCCAAAUUAUUCUGAUUGGUAUUUAAUCUCCUUUAAAUCUUUGGUUUCUGUUACUUGUUAUAAACAAAACGCAUUAGUUGUCUGCCUUUUUUCCAUUCCACCUCCAAACAUAGUCUUCCAUUCCCUCCCGCCAAUCUCCAUUGAAUCAAUGGUGCAGGACAGAAAGCCAGUCAGACUAAUUUCCUUCUCUCCUUGCACUUCUCCCCACUUGUCAUCUUUUAACUAGCUUUUCACAAGGAUCCUCUGAGACUCCCUCUGUGCUCCAAGCACAGACCCCAUUAUUUCUUUUGUAUAUCCUCAGGCAUAAGCAGAGGGUGUCUUUUGGACCCUCCUCAUAGGUUGUCUCUGCAUAUGUGAACCUAAUCCAAAUUUGCUUUGGCGCCAGAAAAACUGACCUUUUUUGAACAAAGGAUAUCGGCGCAAACUGUUCUAUAAACAAAUUUGUUUAGUAUAUGAGGGGCAAGGAGGAGGAUGUGUUUCAAAAGCCUGAUUGAUGACUUUAGAGCUAAAUUAAGGGAAGUUUUCAGAUCAAAAAUUGGUUACUGUUUUUUGUCAGAGUGUGUGAUGCAGCCACUCACAGCUCCCAAGAAUUCCUAAACUGAUUUAAUAGGGUCAUAUUGUGAAUGCCUCACUACAAAAUGACUUGAGUCCAGUGAAAUCCUAUUAGGGUUAAGAAUAUUUCAGGGAUCCUUAAUAUUUUGAUUUUUGUUUUCUGAAAUUGGAUUUUAUCUUACAAUUUCAGUUCAUCUAAAUUUUGUGUUCUGUACAUGUGAUGUUUGACUGUACCAUUGACUGUUAUGGAAGUUCAGCAUUGUAUGUCUCUCUCUACACUGUGGUGCACUUAACUUGUGGAUUUUUUAUACUAAAAAUGUAGAAUAAAGACUAUUUUGAAGAUUUGAAUAAA